GAGACCUCUGUGAUAAAAAUGAAAUCACAAUUAAUAUUCACAGUCGCCUUCGUCAUUCAGUUCCCUCUCAGCAUUGUCGCUUCACAGCACUUCUACUUUGUCGAUGACCACACGUCCAACAAUGGAAUUCGCAAACAUUUAUUAUAUUCCGUAGAUUUGCGACCGAACUAUAACUACACUGAGUCCAAAGAGCGAUGUGCCAAGUUACAAAUGACAAACAAUCCCUUGCUGACGACAAAUUUUGUCCGAGCCAUAAUGGACGAGGAGCUGUGGAUCCCCUGGACACCUUUUGUUGCAGAUUUUGUGACAAUUUACAGAAAUGGUUUGAAGCUAGUUAAGGAGCAAGAAAAUCGUAAGAAACAGCUUGGAUGCGUCUGUGCUACCGAAUUAGUUGGAGCCUAUGUGAGUUUUCAUAAUGGCACAUCUGCCCAACAUUAUUAUGUGCCGGACUACUGUUAUCCGCAAGCAAAGCUGACGAAAGAGAAGUUGUUAGGACUUCGUAUAGUGGCGUGUAUUCUCAUAUAUUCAGACAAUAAUCGUUAGGUUUUGAUGGACAUUGCUUUUAAUAAAUUAGAACAAUUUUCGGAAAGUACAAAAUAAAUAAGAAGAGUCAAGAAGUGUUAACCAAAAAAUUGCAGUGAACUAAUUUUGCAGAAAUCGUGUAAAAAUUGGAUAUGGCAUGGAAGU